AUCUGGAACCAGCCAAUGAACGUCCACAUUUCAUACCCAAUCAAUAUCCACCUCAUGUUCUAGUCCGCGCUAUGAACUGAGUAUUUUACUCUUUUUCUAUCUGGUGACUCAAGUCACAAGAUAACCACCAAAACUCAGAUUUUAUUUAUUUUUAACCAAUAAACAUAUAGCCUUCUUGUUUCUUAGACUUCUCAAAAGCACAAAGCUGAAACCAGUCAAAUCAUGGUUCAUUUGCUCACACCGACUCCUACCACAGCCGCAACAGCUCUCUCUGUGAGACCCUGGAAUAGCUCCUCUCUAUAUUCUUCGAAAAAUGUAUUCUUUACCACUCCAAGAGUGAACUGCAUUGGCAACCAAAGUCAAAAACAGGUCUCUAAUCAUGAUCAAGUUCCUCCUACCAGUGAUGAUCACAGUCUGCAUCGGAGGGCAUUGAUGGGAUUUAGUGGUGCAGUAGUGUUGGGGCUGAGUUGGAGUGAUGAGCAAAGUGCAAGAGCAGCCGCUAGAAGACCUCCACCUCCUCCACCAAAGGAGAAAAAAGAUCCUAAUCUCAGUGCUGCUCAGGCAAAAGUAUUGGCUAGCAAGAAGAGAAAAGAAGCUAUGAAAGCAGAAGUUGCUAGACUAAGAGAGCAAGGGAAGGCUGUUAACAUUAAUAAAGAGCCACCUCCUCCUCCUCCUGUAGUUGCAGCACCUCCUGCAUCUGAAUAGUUUCCAAUUUUUAACACUUCCAAUGUUACCUGCAAAUAAAUGGUUGAGUGCUUGAGUACAAUGUUGUUGUAUCACUAUUUUGUUCCAUUUGAUAUGACUGUUUCUCUUACAUUUUUCUGUUGAGUGAUUGGGCAUUUAUGGUCAGCGGUAGAUGAUUUCAUUUUGAAUUCACCAUUCUGAUUUGCCCAUCUAAUUGUCAAGAAUAUUAGAGCAUCUUCAAACUAUUACCCUUCAUUGAUGUUCUUUGAGUUUCAGAAAUACACAUCACUCAUUUUCACCCUUU